AUGCAGAUCACGGAAGCUUCCAGCAGAAGCAACGACAGUAGCCCGCCCAAGUUCCUGUUCGUUCCCUCAAACGAGCUCCGGCAUGGGCAGGGCAACCGUGGGAGACCUGAAAGCCAGAGAUACAACACCGCCGCCAGAAAGCAUGUCAUGCGAGUUCGGAGGUUAAAGCACAGACUCCCAGAGAUUGGCCUCUCUCGGCGGCGACCCCAGCAUCGCAAAUCCUCGACCGUACGCAAUGGGCUUGUCGUGACCGGGAAGCAUAUCGAGGAGGUGACGGGAGAGCGGCGCGAAGGUAGCAACCAUUGUAAUGUCAACAUUAUCAACCCAGAGCUCCAAGCACCAAUCCCGAGGUUAUUGGCUGGCAGCCGACUCGAUCCGUUCACACGAUGGCCAGUGAAGGUGACAAAGCGAAUGCAAUAUCUCCUAGACUACUUCUUGACUACCGACUGCAGCAGCAUCACACCGGUCCGCAUUGUCUCCUGGGAUUUAGUCAGUAUCGACGUAGGCUUCCUCUACCACGUACUUGCUAUUUCGGGCUUCUGCCUGAGUGGUAGGUAUUCCACGAACGUGCGGGCGGCGCUUAUGUCUGAGGCCGUCCAUAACUACAAUACCGGCCUCACAUCUGUGAACCGACGGCUUGACGACAGGCAGGAACGGCUUAGCGAUGGGGUCAUUCUCAGCAUCCUGGGCAAUGCCAUCCAUACUUUGACCCCCGGUCCACUGUCAGGGUGGUGUUGGGAAGGGGCACAAUCCAGCUGGCGCCAUAGCAACGACGACUACGUGGACGAGUGGGCCGUGCACAUGCGCGCUAUCCACGCCAUUCUACAGAAGCGCGGUGGCAUCGCGACGAUCGAAUCCAACACCACUAUGCGGCACUUUCUAUAUCUUAGCAACGACAUGGAAGGGGCAAUUACUCGUGACAUGCAGCCCUUCUUCCCAAUCCCAAAGCACAUUCAGCCGCUUUCGAGCAGAGUUCGCAUGGGCGCGAAGCCUCGCCUGCUCACCGCACUCUCCACGUGGGCUCGUGCACUCCCUGCGCAGAUUGCUGUCAUUAAGGUCUUUGUCGACAUGGGUGCCACCGUCGAGUGGCUAUCAGAGCAGUUGGCGGCGUAUCAGCCCGAGAGCUCCUGGACCGGCGUCCAACUGGACGCCAUUCACAUCCUCCCCCUGUGCCAUCACUGCCUCAGCCUUUCCCAGAACAGCGGCAUCGAUCGUAGUAGAGGAGACAAUGACGCCUCUGCAGACGAAGGAGGACGCUGCUUCACAGAUGCUCUUCGUCACGCGAUCGUCGUCUUUCUUGCCCCCGUACGCAGGCGCAUGGGUCUGCCGGCCCCAGGCACGAGCCUACACCUCAACAACCUAAGUGCAGCCCUGCGCAUGUGUCUCGUCCACCCCGCCACCCUCAUUCUCGGCGAGGUGAUAUUCUGGAUGUUAGUAGCGGGCGCUAUGGAAGUUUGUGCGCUAAAACAGGAUCCGAGCUGGUUCUUCGAGCGCAUCGUUGACGCUUGCACGCCCCUCGGGCUGCGAGGGUACGACAGCGUGCGACAAUUUACCGUGCACGCGGUCACGCAGUCAGUCUGGUUCGAAGAGGCGCUGUCUCCCAAUUUCGAGCUAAUGAUGGGCGAGCUGAGGGUGUUUAUGGAGGCGAAUUAUAAGGAGUGA